CUCACAUGCAUGCCGCUACUUCCUGGAUGGAAGAAUGGAACCAAAGACAGUUCGGUACGUUUAGAAAGUCUGUGAUGGAACGCUUCCAGCACUGCCUUUGCAACAUUCUCUCUACAUUCAUAAGUGGCGCCGCGGGUCGCCGCUGAAUGGACGAACAUAAUCAGUAGCCUAUUCUUCGACCAUUUUUUCCCUCAAGUUGACGAAAUUGAUUCGGGCUCGUUGACUUUCACCUCUAUGAUUCACUUUGGGAAUGUAGAAAGAAAGCUUGGAUGCAUGUGGCCGACUGUGACAAAACUAUUUUUCUGCGGUUCACAGCCAUAGAUAUUCCUUGAAACAGAUGCUUAAUUGGCUUGAAGUGAAUUGCCAUCAAACUACACUCCAUCUGACACUACAGUUGGGUUUGUGCCCUAUGUGCUAACGUCUGUUUUCUACAAUCAAGUUUAUGUAAUUUUGUAGACCUCAAACUUUGUCACCCGUUGCCUUCUUGUUGCUCUCGAUGAGUAUUUUGACAUGCGGAGAAUACUGGAACCGAGUCACUGGUGGACCUUAUUCAUCAUUUGUUCAGCCUUGGCCGUGUUUACCGACUGUCAUCCUGCUCUACAGGGUGGCCAGUCGGGGUCAGUAGGAGAGGAGCACCAUGGGAGCAUGGGGGGCGGGGUGAGGGAGAGGAGGGCCACAGGAGGAAACUCCUACUGGGCUUAUUCCGGGACCCACAGUCCUGGGGUCUGGACCUCCUCAUACCCUGAGUGUGCGGAGAGGAACCAAUCACCGGUGGACAUCUCAGACAAGGAUGCCAAGGUGUCUCAGGAGUGCCAGGAGCUGACCCUCAACGGGUUCAACGCCGAGUCAUCCAACAAGACCUCCAUGAAGAACACAGGAAAGACAGUGGCUGUUCUGCUGAAGGAUGACUAUUUUGUACGGGGGGCAGGACUACCUGGACGCUUCAAGGCGGAGAAGAUCGAGUUCCACUGGGGUCAGAGUAACGGAUCAGCAGGGUCGGAACACAGCAUCAACAGCAGGAGGUUCCCCGUGGAGAUGCAGAUAUACCUGUACAACUCAGAUGACUUUGACAGUCUCAGUGCGGCCAUCAAGGAGAAGCGCAUCAUUGCUGCGAUGGCUGUGUUUUUUGAGGUGGGGCGGCGAGACAAUCCAGCCGUAGAGCCCAUCAUCCAGGGACUGAAACGGGUCGUACACCACGAGAAGGAGACAUUCCUGAGUUCCUUCGUCCUGAGGGAUCUGCUACCGUCAUCGUUGGGGAGUUACUACCGCUACACAGGCUCUCUCACCAUCCCGCCCUGCAGCAAGGUGGUCGAGUGGAUCGUCUUAUCCAGACCCGUUUUCCUCUCCCACUCACAGCUGGAGGCGUUCUACUCCAUCUUCACCACGGAGCAGCAGGACCAUGUGAAGUCGGUAGAAUACCUGAGAAACAACUACAGACCCCUCCAGGACCUGGACAACCGGGAGGUGUUGAAGUCUGCCGUUAAAGAUGCCUGGCAGAGGGACCAGACCGACAACCUGGGACUGGGUACAGAUGGCACCACGGACGCAUCCAGAGUCUGUAGCAGUGCCCCGGUCAACAUGAAGAUCCAGCCUCUGAAUGGCACUGCCCUGGUGGUGAGCUGGCAGCGCCCGCUCAUGGUUUACCACCCGCCUAUCACCAGCUUCAUGGUCUCCUACAGCUGGGUGAAGAGUGAUGUGGCCUACGAGAAGACCUUCACCAAGACUGGGGACCAGAACAUGAAGGCGGUGAUAACCCACGUGUCUCCAGACAUCCUGUAUCUGUUCAGAGUCCAGGCGGUGUGCCAGAGAGACCUACGCAGUGACUUCAGCCAGACACUGCUCUUCAGAGCUAACACCACCAGGAUAUUUGAGGGAACACGGAUAGUGAAAACUGGCAUGCCCACUGUCUCCCCAGCCUCCUCGGCAGACAUGGCUCCCAUAAGCUCCGGAUCCUCUACCUGGACCUCCUCUGGCCUCCCCUUCUCCUUCGUCUCUAUGGCUACAGGGGGCAUGGGCCCCUCGUCUAGCGGCAGUCAGGCCACGGUAGCAUCGGUGGUAACCAGCACCCUUCUGGCCGGCCUGGGCUUCAGCGGAGGGGUCAUCUCCUCCCUGCCUGGCUCUCUCUGGCCCACCCAGGCCCCUGCAGCCAGCCCUGGGUCUAACCCCGGCCUGGGUCCCAGCCGCCAGCCUGCCCAGCCCCAGGCCUCCACCGAGCCCCCCACAGCCCCUCAGGGUGGUUCUGACACGGACACCCCCACAGAGGAGAAAGAGGCGGGGGUGGACAGGGAGAACGAGGCGGAGGAGGGAGAGGGAGAGGAGGAUGAAGGGGAAGACGACAGGAGGAGGAAGAAGAAUAACAAGACAACGCCUGAUGAGGUGGAGAUGCAUCUAAAUGACACUGUGGUCAAAGAGCCCAUUUCCGCCCUCACCCCCACAGCCACAGCCAAAGAGAAAGGACAGGGGCAGGGAGAGCCUGUUGCUAACAGCACCACAGUGCCAAUAAGUGGAGGGGAGGACCAACUGAUCAGAGUGGACAGUAACACAGGGCCCACUGUGGAGCCAAAGAAUGACACAGAAGAGAGAGAGAUACAGAUUCCCCAGAGCCCAACACGCUCCUCGAAGACUAGCGGGGAAGAGAAGAGCCUUUGGCCUUUCUCUGUCCACACUGACAGGACCAGUGUGUCCAACAUGACCCGCAGCCCUCACCCCGGGGUGGGCAGGAUGGAGUGGAUCCUCCCCCUGGUGGUCGUCUCUGCGCUCACUCUGCUCUGCCUCAUCAUGCUACUGGCUGUCCUGGUCUACUGGAGGAGGUUUUUCCAGACAGCUCACUUCUACGUGGAGGACAGUAGUUCUCCCAGGGUGGUGGCCAAUGAGAACAUCCCCGUCAUCCCCAUCCCAGAUGACGUGGACGCCAUCCCCGUCAGGCAGUUAAUCAAACACAUCACGGAGCUCUACUCCAACAACCUGCACGGCUUCUCCGAGGAGUUUGAGGAGGUCCAGCGUUGUACGGUGGACCUGAAGAUCACAGCAGAACAUUCCAAUCACCCUGACAACAAGCACAAAAACAGAUACAUCAACAUCGUGGCCUAUGAUCACAGUAGGGUGAAGUUACGACCCUUGACUGGGAAAGAUGCCAAACACAGUGACUUCAUCAACGCUAACUAUGUAGAUGGUUACAAUAGUCCCAAGGCCUACAUCGCGGCCCAGGGCCCUCUCAAGUCCACUUUCGAGGACUUCUGGAGGAUGGUGUGGGAACAGAACACUGGUAUCAUCGUCAUGAUCACUAACCUGGUAGAGAAAGGAAGGAGGAAAUGUGACCAGUACUGGCCCACAGAGAGCAGUGAGGAGUAUGGCAACAUCGUGGUCACUCUGAAGAGUACUAACGUUCAUGCCUGCUACACACUGAGACGAUUCCUUAUACGGAACACCAAAGUCAAAAAGGGUCAGAAGGGCAACCCAAAGGGGCGUCAGAACGAGCGGAUGGUGAUCCAGUAUCACUACACCCAGUGGCCUGACAUGGGCGUGCCGGAGUACACCCUACCUGUCCUCACUUUCAUAGGGCGCUCCUCUGCAGCACGUACACCUGACAUGGGCCCCGUCCUAGUCCACUGCAGUGCUGGAGUCGGGCGGACAGGGACGUACAUCGUCAUCGACAGCAUGCUGCAGCAGAUCAAAGACAAGAGCACAGUCAACGUCUGGGGCUUUCUCAAACACAUCCGCACGCAACGCAACUACCUGGUUCAGACAGAGGAGCAGUACGUGUUCAUCCAUGAUGCACUGAUGGAGGCCAUCCUGGGCAGUGAGACAGAGGUACCCGCUUGUCAGCUCCAUGGUUACGUCAACAGCAUCCUCACCCCUGGCCUCGGGGGCCGCACGCGCCUCGACAAGCAGUUCAGACUGCUGACCCAGUGUAACACCCACUUCAUAGAGUGCUUCAGCGCCCAGAAAGACUGCAACAAGGAGAAGAACCGCAACUCCUCAGUGGUUCCAUCGGAACGAGCUCGAGUAGGACUGGCCCCUCUCCCUGGAAUGAAAGGCACAGACUACAUCAAUGCCUCCUACAUAAUGGGUUACUAUAGGAGUAAUGAGUUCAUCAUUACCCAGCAUCCUUUGCCCCACACCACCACAGACUUCUGGAGAAUGAUCUGGGACCACAACGCCCAAAUCAUCGUCAUGCUUGCUGACAACCACGGUUUGGCUGAGGAUGAGUUUGUGUACUGGCCGAGUAGAGAGGAGGCGAUGAACUGCCUAGCCUUCACCGUCACCCUGAUCAGCAAGGACAGAUUGUGUCUCUCCAACGAAGAACAGAUCAUCAUCCACGACUUUAUACUGGAGGCCACGCAGGAUGACUAUGUCCUGGAGGUAAGACAUUUCCAGUGCCCUAAAUGGCCGAACCCAGAUGCUCCUCUCAGCAGCACCUUCGAGCUCAUCAAUGUCAUCAAAGAGGAGGCCAUGACACGAGACGGACCCACCAUCAUACACGAUGAGUUUGGGGCAGUGUCUGCGGGGACUCUGUGUGCCCUCACCACCCUGUCUCAGCAGCUGGAGAGUGAAGGGGCUGUGGAUGUCUAUCAGGUGGCUAAGAUGAUCAACCUCAUGAGGCCAGGAGUCUUCACAGACAUUGAGCACUAUCAGUACCUGUACAAGGCCAUGCUGAGCCUGGUGAGCAGCAGAGAUAGCGGGAUGUGCCCCCUCUACAUGGACAUUAAUGGAGUGGUUGUCAUAAUGGACGAAUCAGACCCUGCAGAGAGCAUGGAGUCGCUGGUCUGACUGACUGGUUACUGGACUGACUGGUUACUGGUUUGACUGGUUACUGGUUUGACUGGUUACUGAUCUGAAGGGUUCUACUGGUUACUGGUCUGACUGGUUACUGGUCUGACUGGUUACUGGUCUGACUGGUUGUAUUGGUCUGACUGGUUACUGGUCUGACUGGUUACUGAUCUGAAGGGUUCUACUGGUUACUGGUCUGACUGGUUACUGGUCUGACUGGUUACUGGUCUGACUGGUUACUGGUCUGACUGGUUACUGGUCUGACUGGUUGUAUUGGUCUGACUGGUUACUGGUCUGACUGGUUACUGGUCUGACUGGUUACUGGUCUGACUGGUUGUAUUGGUCUGACUGGUUACUGGUCUGACUGGUUGUAUUGGUCUGACUGGUUACUGGUCUGACUGGUUACUGGCUGACUGGUUACUGGUCUGACUGGAGUCAUUAGUCUGAAUGAACACACCGUAGCUCACACCACCACCCGAAGGCACUUAAUUUGUACAACUCUGAGAAACGGAGAGAACUUUGGCGGACUUUCCCGAGGCCUUUUUUGCCAGAACUAUUGGUUAAAUGAAUACCGGUAACCUGAUUACCUUUUUUUACACUGAUGAUAUAAUGUUUUUUGAUAUUUAUUUGUUUCUUCAUUAUUUUUGUCUUAUUUGUUAUCCUGCUGAGGGUUUGCACCUGUUUAAGUUGUUUCACGUGUGGAAAAAGAAAGAAGCUCUGUCCAGUUUGCACUAUACUUUCAGUGUUACUGCCUAAAACCCUGUUAGAUAAUACAGUACAGUUAGCUAGACCCUGGCUCCACGCUCCACUACCUGCAUUGGAACCCAUUUUGGAUUGUGGCAAAGAAAAUACUUUCGCCUCAAUGAAUGAAUGAACAGUGAAGACCAAGGACGACCCUACAGGUCAACAUGAUCUUCCAGGCCAAUAGAUUUCGUAACACAGACCAUCCCAGUUCAGUACAUUUUAUUACAGUACAGCUCACCCAACAUGCAUUGCAUCACUAUUAUCUGGCCAACACUUAUUUUGGAAACCCCACCUUAUCCAAGGAAAAUUUUAAUCUGUAGAGAUACUAUGUUACUUAUACAUAUUAUAACUAUAUUACCCAAAUAUCCCCGUUCAUAUUUGUAAAUUAUACCCGUUACUUAGAUUUUUUAAAAGUAGUAUUACAACUACUGUGAACAUUUAUUGCUUUAUAUUAAGAUUUAUAUUGUUUUGUAAUAUAUAUGACUAUAUCCUUUAUCAAAGUAAGCAGCUGGUUUUGUAUACUGUAUAUCAUUCCCCCUCUCGCCUUGUGUGGAUCAAGACCCAUAGUGUCCAUUUUGUCCAACCCAGCUCUACAUGUGGCUUAUCUUGCAUCAACUGUUUUACUUAAUAUAAAGUUUACUUCAUAAAAUACAGCUUUCAUCUUACCAAAUUAACGGAGUUCUCGCAGUCUUAACAUCAUCUCGAGGGGGAAGUGUUUUUCUUUCAUUAUAACCAAAGACGUGGUUGAAAAUUGCAACAAGAAAGUUGUUUGACUGUAAUUGGACUAAAAAAAUUAUAUUAUUACAUGGUUGUUGCAAUGUUACCACAACGUUCUUAGAAUGUGUUUCGGACAACAAUCAGUCACACGACUAUGGACUUUCCAUAGUGUAAAGCCCAUACUUCACCAUGUGAAAUUACGUUUGAACUGGAUUUGAACUAACCCCUACACCAAACAACAAUAUCUACUUUACUCAUUCAUACUGUACCAUGUAGCUAUACCCUGUACUUAUACAUAGAUGCUGUAGUUUCCUUCUUUUUUUCUACCUUCUUCUCUGUCCACGAGAAGCUUCUUAAAUGAAGUCACAACUCUCCAACAUUUGGAGAAAAGUCCUGACUUUAUUACAUGCUUAUUUGUCACAAUGGGAAACAGUUUUUGGCAGCCAACAACCAUUUGUUUUGCAUGUGUAACUUUUAAAUGUAUCUCCAUCAUUAUUAUUAUUAACGUUACGCUUUCUACAUAUUUCAUUUAUAACAUGAGUGUAAUUUCCUAUUUCGAAGGUAUGUACAUAUUUACUUCAAGGAUCAGUCUUCUUGGACGUUCUAAUCUUUGCUGUGUGAUCAUUAUAGACCUUUUAUUUUCAUAUGAAGCGUUUUUCUUUGUAACAGUAUCCUCCUCUCAGUCAUUGUAUUCGUGGUGAGUAUGUAGGAAUCAUGUCUCCAUGGAUACAAGUAGACUGCCAUCACCUUCCAACACAAGUCCACGACUGCUUCUAAAAUGGCAUCCUAUUCUCUAUAUAGUGCCCUACAUUUGAUCAAAAGAGGUGCACUAUAUACGGUAGGGAAUAGGAUACCAUUCGGGAUGUUCACCGUGAAUCAUUUGUUUUUCUCUCGGGGUCAAGAAUAUGUUAUUCCUCCCCAUUUUGAAUAUCAGACUUUUGCUAUAGACUUACAUCAGACCAGUGUGCGCUAUGGACGAAAAAGAUUCCGGGAGUCACUGAGUAAAGUUUGCCUCCUCAACCCAUCUAAGCAAGUUCAGCAGUUGUUCGAUUUUGUAAACGUGAAGAAAUGAAAUGGUUUGGUCCAUUUAUUAUAUUGUCAUUGUAUGAUAGUGCCAUGGUGUUGUAUUACUAUGGUACUGUCAUAUGAUAUAAUAUUAUUAUAGUGUAAUAGUGUUAUUUAAUAUGUAAAUUGUAUUGCUAUACAUUAAAUAAAGUAUGGGUUUUGAUGUA